AGGUCAAACACCUAAUUACCCCUCAUUCGGCAGCGGCCACUCAGCUGUCGACAGCUUCCAACGACGUCAAGCCCGGGGGGGCAAGCCAAUGCACCGUGCCCGCACACACCACACCGAGGUAGCUUGGGCGUUACGUCAAAGGGUCGGUCCACCGCUGUCUACCUACCUUGGGCACCUCCAGGUAAGGUAGGGAGCCUACCUAGGCACAGCUCAAGGUAAGGUACCCCAAGAUAAAGGUACCAGGCAAAGAGAAGAUAUCUACUGCCCGCCUUCUGUACAAGAAAUCCAACCUCGAACCAACGGCACUGGCCUAGUGAUCGUGAAGUGACAGAAUCUCUCGCUCCUCCCCGUUGCAUCAACAUCCCAAUAAACGACCCCAUCACGCAACAAACGACAAACUGGAAAAUAUCCUCCGACUCCUCGUCCCGUCCUGCUUAUGGAAAUUCCUAUCCACAAAUACUUCCAUAUAUCUACAGAUAGACCUCAGUGUGUAUCCUGCCGGCCAACCCAGUCCCUCUGCGGCGGGACCGAUCCGAACUCACCACCGUUGGCCGAAAGCUAAAAGUUGCACCGGCGACAAGCCCCGUUGUCCAACGACCUAGCUUACUCUCGGAUUACCCUACUCAACCUCCUUACCGGCCACUUUCUACUCGCCUUGCCUAAUCAAUACGACACCAAAUCGAACAGCCCAAGCCAUUCAGCCCAUCUUGCUUUUUUUGCUUACAAGCUGCCGCCCUUAUAAACCCACUGUCGUUUUCGUUCAGCACAUACAUACCCUUAGCUCGAAGGGAGAGAGAGGAAUAGAGAGAGCGAGCACCAAAUUGCCCUCCGUCGCUCCCCCGCCGCCUCGACUACUCUCACAUAGCGCCCGUCUACUCGAUGAGAAGCCCCUGUCCGGCCACCGCAACCGACCUGUUCCCAUAUAUGCCACGCUAUCUUCUCCACGCCCACCCUUGAAAACCGGACCUAGCCACCCCACCACGUCCGACCACCCACUGCCGGCCUCGACAUCAUAUGCUGGCUUGACCCGGACGUCAAGACACACACACACAGAGAGAGAGAGAGAUGGCUUACCAGAGUCCUCCAGAAACACCAUCCUCCUCCGGCGCCCACACGCCAACCCACUCCUCCUCUGCAGCACCGUCGUUAUCGAACUCUGUCAUCACAACAAUGUGGUCCGGUCUGAUACGCCGCUUCUCCUCCGACCUUCCAGAGUCCUACGGUCACAACGGGCACCCGCCCGAGCCUUCACACCUCUCCCACGCGCAUACCGAGCCCGCCGGCGGCGGUGGAGAGAGCUUCCAGGAUGGCAUCAACGGCGUCUUUUUCCCAAGCCACCAACCCAUUCGAACUGCGAGCCCGUUCCGUCCACCGCCUCUCGAUCCCAUUGUUCUGCACGGCUAUAAGGAGAGCACCUCGCAGAGUGCCAGGCUUCUGAGUCACGGCGUGGCCGAGGAGAUCCGGAUCAUGCUCCCAGAAAGGCUUAGGAUCAAGGAGGAUUGGAGGUUGAUAUACAGCUUGGAGCAGGACGGUGCUAGCUUGGCAACGCUAUAUCAAAAGGCAGCUGAAUUCCAGGGCCAGCGAGUCGGUUUUGUUCUAGUCGUGAGGGACGACCUAGGCGGCACUUUCGGCGCCUACCUCUCCGAAUAUCCACACCCCGCGUCCAAGUACUUUGGCAACGGCGAAUGCUUCCUCUGGCGCGCCUCAACCCUCACGCCCCUCCCGCCGCCACCCUCCGCCGAUACGACGAACCUAACGCGCAUCACCACGGUCGCCAGCCCGACACGCUCAACCUUUGGCGACCGCAACAACGCACCGUCUCCGGCGCCGAGCGAGUCAAUCCGCUUCAAGGCGUUCCCGUACUCGGGCAUCAACGACUACUACAUCAACUGCGAGACGGGCUUCCUCAGCGUCGGCGCCGGCGACGGUCACUACGGCCUGUGGCUCGACGACAGCCUCGAUCGCGGGCACAGCGGGCGCAGCCACACCUUUGGCAACGAGCCUCUGAGCGACGAGGGAGAAAAGUUUGGCGUGUUGGGUGUGGAGCUUUGGGUGCUUGGCGCCUGAAAGAUGGCCCCGGGUGAUUACCAGAGAAUAGAAUUAAAAAGAAACCCCCAAGUUGGCGGAGAUGGGGCCUGACAUGACGACCGAAAAGGUCGCCGGAACAACAGUACGCUGAUCUACGCAGCACAGAUACGAAGCGCGUUCGACAACCGCGGACUCUCGUGUUUUUCUGUGGAAGGGGAAAAGGAUAUGAAAAUAUACCACACACAAAAAAGACAAAUACACCGCACAGAUAUACGACUGGGACUGGAGACUGGGACUAGGCGUUGGAACAAAGGGGGGCGUAAAGGCGACGGGUUAUUUGCGAAAAUCACAGCUGACAGAGGUUUCUGCGGCACUCACUCCAAUGGCAAUACUGAUGCCGUGAGAAGCUGCUUUUUCUGAGGACUGGAUCGAGUCGAUCAGGGGUACGAGCGGAAUCGUCAGUUUCACCGCUCCUUUCUCUCCUUUGGAAGAGCUCUUUUGAGAGUCUGGGAGCCUUGCGAUCGAUCUUGGCUUGACACACCUUCAAGUCAACGCUCGCUUCGAGGGACAACGGAGUGAGAGCGCUGACUGGACGGACUGGAUUGGACUGUACGGGCAAACGAGGAUUCAAGACAUUUUUAAUUUUAGCAAUACCCCC